AUGCCCAAUCCUUUUGGAUUUAUCAAAUUUCAAGACGUCCUCACUCUAGUACGGGGCAUGGCAUGGGGAGGAACAGAAACAGGCUCGAGGCAGGCACCUGAGCAAUGUGUACAAUUAGUUAGCCUGGAAGCGAUCAUACAGUCCACUGGAGCGACCAUGGCUCCCAUCAUUUAUCAGUGGGCUAUCGAACGUGUCACGAUCACCAUUGGGUUCUUGGUUGUAAUCGGGCUCCUUGUUCGGCAACGCUCUGGUCAAACUCCUCAACUUUACGAUUCAACACGCAACCCGGGUCCUGUUGGGAGGACUGUCCGGCUUGCUAGGGAGUAUUCCCAGCGAGCUUGUGAAAUGAUGCCACCAUCUGUACAGCUACCUGUUUGGGGCGUAUACCGACGCAAGAUCAGGUUUCUGGAGGAACGGUCGACCUUCACCAUGACGCGUGAUGACGCACCUAUCGCAAAGCCAGAGCCACGCGUGGGAUGGGUCCCUCAGCCGGAAGAUCUUCACUCGCAUGUGGUCGAAGGGAGGAGCAUCCAGGUGUGGAUGCGCACGGAAAACGGUGAAUGGACCAGUGUGCACCAGUUUUUCCCCCACCCACGCCUCGGCGGAUACAUGCUGCAGAUUUCGGAGAACGGCAAUGCAACCUGGGUCAAGGAAGUCACGGCUUACAAGAACGCUCGAGGCCGCACUAAAGUCGUUGCAAGCCAGACGUCCUCCUAA